CAAAACAAUAUUAGUUUUACACGAUAACCAUAUUUCAAUAAACUAAAGUAUUUUUCUAUUUUUUUCGGUUCUAUUUUUGUAAUUGAUUUUUUCACUAUUAUAGAAGCCUAGUAAAUGUAUUGUGGUGUGACAUGUGUGAGUGGGUUGAAACGUAACUGUGUUGUUUACUCCUUUUGUCAUUCAUUUCAACACUGCAUCUUCUUCCCCUCCCCCCCGUACAAUUACAUGAGCUCCCCCUCCAUGGUCAACAUGGAAUUGCUCUACGAGUGUAAUAAUACCUUGUCAUGUACUCACAAUACUAACCUAACCUCAUGGUUCUCUUAACCCUCCCUUCUUCUUCCUUCAGUUCAUCAUAUAUCUUCUCUUCUUCUUUUCAUUUUCCCUUGAAGACAAAAGUUAAUCAGAAACCAAUUUUUGAAUGGAGGAAGAACGGAGAAUUCUGUUCGACAAGUACGAGAUGGGAAGGCUACUCGGCAAAGGAACCUUCGCAAAAGUCUACUACGGGAGAGAGAUCACAUCCGGCGAGUGCGUCGCCAUCAAAGUCAUCAACAAGGACCAAGUAAUGAAGAGACCUGGUAUGAUGGAUCAAAUCAAACGCGAGAUCUCUAUCAUGAAGCUCGUUCGUCAUCCCAACAUCGUCCAACUUAAAGAAGUCAUGGCUACCAAGUCCAAGAUCUUCUUCGUCAUGGAGUUCGUUAGAGGCGGUGAGCUUUUCUGCAAGAUCUCCAAAGGCAAGCUACACGAAGACGCCGCUCGUCGAUAUUUCCACCAGCUUAUCUCUGCCGUUGAUUAUUGCCAUAGCAGAGGCGUCUCUCACCGCGAUCUGAAGCCGGAGAACCUUCUUCUAGAUGAGAACGGAGAUCUGAAAAUCUCCGAUUUCGGAUUGUCCGCGUUACCUGAGCAGAUCCUUCAAGACGGUCUGCUUCAUACGCAGUGCGGGACUCCCGCGUACGUUGCGCCCGAGGUUUUACGGAAGAAAGGAUACGACGGCGCUAAAGCUGAUAUUUGGUCUUGCGGCGUCGUUUUGUAUGUUCUCCUCGCCGGAUGUUUGCCGUUUCAGGACGAGAAUCUGAUGAACAUGUACCGGAAAAUUUUCAGAGCGGAUUUUGAGUUUCCGCCGUGGUUUUCCCCGGAAUCGAGGAGAUUGAUUUUGAAACUCCUCGUCGUAGAUCCAGAUCGCCGGAUCUCGAUUCCGGCGAUUAUGAGAACGUCUUGGCUCCGGAAAAACUUCACUCCGCCAUUAGCUUUCAAAAUCGAAGAACCGAUCUGUUCUCAGAGCAACAACGGAGAAGAAGAAGAAGAAGGCGUAGAUUGGGAAAAUCAAACAGAGCCGGUUUCGCCUAAAUUCUUCAACGCUUUCGAAUUCAUCUCCUCGAUGUCUUCCGGAUUCGAUCUGUCGAGCUUGUUCGAGAGCAAGAGGAAGGUUCAGUCGGUGUUCACGUCACGGUCGUCGGCGACGGAGGUGAUGGAGAAGAUCGAAACGGUUACGAAGGAGAUGAACAUGAAAGUGAAGAGAACCAAGGAUUUCAAGGUGAAGAUGGAAGGGAAAACGGAAGGGAGAAAAGGAAGGCUGUCGAUGACGGCGGAAGUUUUCGAAGUAGCGCCGGAGAUAUCGGUGGUGGAGUUCUGCAAAUCCGCGGGAGAUACGUUGGAGUACGAUAAGUUGUACGAAGAAGAAGUACGGCCGGCGUUAAACGACAUCGUCUGGUCAUGGCACGGCGAUAAUAAUAACAACACCACUUCUUCAUCCAUGGAUUCUCGUUGACCGGUUCUCAUUUAACCGGCUUUCGGGUUAACGUAGUAGUACCGUUUAUGAGAACUGUUACAUUGAACCUUCAAUUUCUCUCUGGUUUAAUAAAAUUUUGGGUUUUCUUCUAA